AUGGCAACAGACGCGGAUGUUGAUAUGGGGGGUGUCUCGGACUCCGAUGACAUUCGAAAUAUCGCCCCAAGCGGUACGAAAAGAAGAGCCGAUGGCCAGCCCAAAGAAAGCACUGCGCCUAUAGCCCCUCCAAGAAUCAAGGCGCUCGACCCAAACGUAGUAAAUAAAAUUGCGGCGGGUGAGAUAAUUGUGGCUCCUGUUCACGCUCUCAAGGAGCUCAUCGAAAAUGCCGUCGAUGCCGGGGCUACAUCGCUGGAUGUUCUCGCCAAGGAAGGCGGGCUCAAGCUACUUCAGAUAACAGACAAUGGCUGCGGUAUUCAGAAAGAUGAUUUGGCUAUUCUCUGCGAGCGCCAUACCACAUCGAAGAUCACCACUUUUGAGGAUUUGGCUGCUAUCGCGACGUAUGGCUUCAGGGGUGAAGCUCUCGCCAGUAUCAGUCACAUUGCGCACCUGUCCGUUACCACCAAAACCAAAGAGUCGGAUCUAGCAUGGAGGGCCCAUUACCUUGACGGGAAACUCGCUCCAGCAAAACCGGGCCAGUCAGCAGAGCCCAAAGGUGUUGCAGGCCGCCAGGGGACGCAAAUAACAGUGGAAGACCUUUUCUACAAUAUACAAACUCGGAGAAGGGCAUUUCGUUCGCCGGCUGAAGAAUUCAACAAGAUUAUAGAUAUGGUUAGCCGGUACGCUGUCCAUUGCAAAGGCGUCGGGUUCACUUGCAAGAAGGCAGGCGAAGCGUCAGCGAAUCUGUCAAUACAGGCCCAUGCUACUGUCAUUGAUCGUAUUCGUCAAAUUCACGGUAGUUCCGUGGCGAACGAACUCUUUGAAUUUUCUGUUGCCGAUCCUCGCUGGGGUUUUAAGGCUGAAGGCUUCACGACAAAUGCAAACUACUCAGUCAAAAAGACGUCAAUCCUGCUCUUCAUCAACCAUCGUUGCGUGGAAUCGACUCACAUCAAGAAAGCGGUAGAGCAAACCUACGCCAAUUUCUUGCCUAAAAGCGGCCACCCAUUCAUCUACAUGAGUCUUGAGAUCGAACCGGCUCGGGUGGAUGUCAAUGUUCACCCGACGAAAAGAGAGGUGCACUUUCUUUGCGAGGAUGAGAUUAUUCAAUCAAUUUGCGAACAUAUAGAGUCAAAGCUUGCUGCAAUCGACACAAGCCGGACAUUUAUGACACAGACACUGCUUCCUGGUGCAAAGGUGGCCGAGCCCAUAACGCAAGCAGAGAUCGACGGUACUCCAAAUCGACGAACCCCAGCGUCAAAGAAACGAAGAUAUUCUAAUGAUCUGGUGAGAACGGAUACAGCUGAAAGAAAAAUCACAUCUAUGUUUGCCCGGGCCGGUCCAAGCGAAUCAGCUGGUUCAAUAGAACACCCAGCAGAUGCGACUGCUGUCCCUGAAGUCCUCGAGUAUGAGACAGUGGAUCGCGAACUCGUCCAGUGUCGACUGAACAGUGUGAAACAGCUGAGAGAAGAGGUCAGAGAAGACAUACACCACGAUUUGACAGAAAUAUUCGCCAACCACACUUUUGUCGGCGUGGUGGACGAGCAGCGCCGACUAGCUGCAAUUCAGGGCGACGUCAAGCUGUACUUGAUCGAUUAUGGUAAAACUUGCUACGAGUACUUCUACCAAUUGGGACUUACAGACUUUGGUAAUUUUGGCACAAUCAAAUUCAGUCCUUCAUUGGACCUUCGUGAACUCCUCCGAAUGGCAGCUGAAAUGGAGAGGAACGCUAUUACCUCGCCUGAUGAAGAGUUUGAUGUCGAAACUCUGGUGGAUCGUGUGGCAGACCAGAUUAUUGAGCGCCGAGAGAUGCUUCUUGAGUAUUUCUCUCUUGAGAUAUCACCUGCUGGCGAACUCAUUUCGUUGCCGCUGCUUAUCAAGGGAUAUUCACCACCUCUUGUCAAGCUUCCUCGCUUCCUCCUUCGUCUCGGACCUGGCGUCGACUGGACUGAAGAGAAAGCUUGUUUUGACUCAUUUAUACGUGAAUUGGCUACAUUUUACGUUCCAGAGCAACUGCCAACCUUGCCCGGCGAUGCAGAAAGUCUUCGUGAAGAGAAGAUCUCUGACGAAAUGCGCGCGCGCCGUCAGCAUGUUAGGCAUGCCGUCGAGCAUGUAUUCUUUCCCGCGUUCAAAGCGAGAUUAGUAGCGACUAAAUCGUUAAUGGAGGAUGGAGUGCUCGAGGUUGCAAACUUGAAAGGUCUUUACCGGGUUUUUGAACGGUGUUAA